AUGAGAUUUUUAGAUAAUGUUUUACAAGAUUUUAUUGAUAAUGCUCCAGAUAGUAUGAGUAAAGCUAGAUAUUCAGCAUAUAGAGAAAGAAGUGUAGGACUAGGAGUAAUGGGGUUCCAUUCUUUUUUACAAUCAAAGAUGGUACCUAUGGAAUCAGCAAUGGCAAAAUCAUGGAAUCUUAGAAUUUUUAAACAUAUUAAUGAUGAAGUUAAUAAAGCAUCAAAAUUAAUUUCAGAAGAAAAAGGUGCAUGCCCUGAUGCUGAAGAACUUGGUCUUAAAGAGAGAUUUACUAAUAAAACGGCGGUUGCACCAACAGCGUCAAUUUCAGUUAUAGCAGGUUCUACAUCUCCAGGGAUUGAGCCAUUUAAUUCAAAUGCAUAUACACAGAAAAGUUUGACGGGUUCAUUCAAUAUAAGAAAUAAGUAUUUGAAGAAAUUAUUACAAAUGAAAGAUAAAGAUACAGAGGAAAUUUGGUCAUCUAUAAUGAACCAUGAGGGUUCUGUAAGUCAUUUAGAAUUUUUAAGUAAAGAUGAAAAAGAUGUAUUUAAAACUGCUUUUGAAAUAAAUCAACAAUGGCUAAUUGAACAUGCUGCAGAUAGAACUCCUUAUAUAAGUCAGGCUCAAUCUUUAAAUAUUUUUAUUCCAGCUGAUAUUGAUAAAUCUGAAUUAAAUAAAUUGCAUUAUUUAGCUUGGAAGAAAGGCGUGAAGAGCUUAUAUUAUUGUAGAUCAAAAUCAUUACAAAGAGCAGAUAAAGUUUCAAUUACAGAUAAUGUAGAUAAGCACCAGCUUAAAAUGAAGUUAUCUCCUGUCGUUACAAAAGAUGAAGAUAAAUAUGAUGAAUGCUUAGCUUGUCAAUAG